AUGUCGGGCCUCGCCAUCCCCAACACGGCCAAGCGGCCACCUGCCGGUCUUGCGCUGCCCGGUGCUGUUCCCUCUGCAUCCAACUCUCCCGCCCCUUCAAGUACUGCGGCCAUCCCGUUGCAGCCGCGUCCUUCUUCAACUGCGCCUGCAGCGCAGGCGUCGGGUGCCGGUGGGCGCCCCGGUGAAUCCGGAAGGCUGUCGGCUUCUCCAUCGCCCGAGCCGGACGAAGAUGGGGACGCUGACGGUGACGACGACGAUGAUGAGGGGUUAGGCCAAAGCUCCAAGAAGUCGAGCAAGAACUCGAAGAAGAAGAAAGGCGCGCCAACGGCUUCUGCCGGAUUGGAAGCAGCGGGCAAGCAAGACUACAAGUACACGAAUGAGAUCUCACAGAUGAUGUUCGUGUUCGGAGAAGUCCAAGACCCCUUGCCGGAGACUGUCAAGCUCGUGGAAGACAUUGUCCGCGGGCAGAUCAUCGAGAUUGUCACUCGCGCUCGGCUGCUCACGCACAUCCGCUCCUCUCGCUUCUUGUCGGCAGAAGACUUGAUCUUCCUCAUCCGCGAUGACCGUGGCAAGGUCAAUCGCUUGCGGACGUACCUCAGCUGGAAGGACGUCCGCAAGAAGGCCAAGGAGGAGGAGGACGGCGAUGUUGAUGUUGAGGAGACAGACAAGGCAAACCAGAAAGGGCGUAAACCUAUCGUCAAGCUCUCCUGGGAGCUACUCACCCCGUUCUCCGACUUCAUGCGCUCGCUGCCGACACAACAAAACCGAAACGAAGACGACGAGGAAGAAGACGACGACGAGCUUCAAGCUCACCAGGACAGCAUGCAACGCCUCCGAGACGCAGACGAGAUUACCAAGAAGAUGACAAAGGACGAGUACGUCCACUACUCGGACUGUCGGCAAGCGUCGUUUACAUACCGCAAAGCUCGGCGCUUCCGCGACUUCAUCAACUUCAGUGCCUACCUGGACGUGCGGCCCAACGACGAUAUCGUCGAUAUCCUUGGCUUCCUCGCUUUCGAGAUGGUCCGCUCCUUGUGCGUAACUGCUCUAGAAGUCCGCGAGCAAAUUGAGAAGAGCUCGCAGCCUGCAUCCAGUGGUCGUCUGGCUGCCAGUGCAUCGCCGCUCAAGCGCAAGCUCCAAAGCUUGGAAAGCUCGCCGACAAAGCGUGCAAGGAACGAUCUGUCCCCAUCUGCCGAACCAGACGACUCUCGUCGUUUCGGGACUGGCGGGGCUAACCCAACCCCACGUUCGCUAUUCGCGCCACCGCCCAGUGCUCGGCAACCGCUGCUGCCGUCCCACGUCCUGGAGGCGUUUGCCCAAAUCCAGCGCAAGCAGACGUCGAGUCGCGUCGGAGGCAUGCGCAAUUGGCGGGGGGCCAUGGCGCGCGGUCGUGUCGCCUUGGUGUAA